AUGAUCAAAGAGGAUCUUAUGAAUUCUGAAGAAUAUACUAGUCCGCCUUUGUUAAAAUGUACAAAUUGCGGUGGAAACUGGAUUGACAAAAGGAAGUUUAAAAAACAUACUAAGCUGUGCUUUAAGGUGACGCAGGAAACUAAGGUAAAGAGAACUAAAAAGGAAAAAACAACAAAACUAGGGUUGGCUCAAACACCUGAGGAUGUAGAACAGGAAGAAGAGGUUAUAGAAUACAGUGCACGAGGAAGAAAAAUAAUUCGGCCUAAAUUAUACCAGGCUGGUGACACUGCACCUAGUAAGCGAUCUCAAAUAUCAAUAGAAGACAUCCCAGGUUCCUCUACCCCAACCCUUGCUGAUAAAGAAGAGAAUGAAGGAUCCCUUGCUAAUGAAGAAGGAAAUGAAGGAACACUUUUUGAUGAAGAAGAGAAUGAAGGAAUAGAGAUGGCGGAAAUUGAGGAUGACACUGAUGAUAAUCACGUUUUAUUUGAGUGUGAAAAGUGCAUGCAGAUGUUUGUAACGGAGGAGAAAUUCACCGACCAUGACUGCUCCGCGGUUCCACGCCGAAAGCUUUACCUGGAGUGCCAGGUGUGUACAAUAGUUUUUCAGACUAAUAAAUCGUUCAGGGCUCAUAUGAAGAAGUACCACGUGGAUCAGUCAUUUACAUGCAAGUACUGUCAUACAGUGUUCAUGAAACGCACACACUACGAUAACCAUAUGGAGAUGCAUCAAAAUAAACAGGCCGGGAUUUCAUUUGAAUGUAAGCCAUGCAGAAUGUUGUUCUACACAAGGGUGCAGCUGAUGAACCAUCAGAAUGAUAAACACAAUAUGCAGCAUUACCCUUAUGUCUGUAAACAUUGUGGCAGAGCUUUCCGUAAACCAGCAAGUCUGGACUUUCAUCUCUACGAGCACUCGUCAUCAAAGCCCAUAAGGUGUGCGAAAUGCCCAGAAACAUUUGCAAAGUUGAAGCUGUUUAGCACUCAUAUGGAAACGCACAUAAACCAAGAAUUGGGUACAAAAGAGGUUUGUCGGUUUUGUGGAAAGCAGUAUCUGAACAGAACAAGCUUAAAAAAUCACAUCAGUUUCGUCCACAAAAAAGCUGACAAAAUGUGCGAAGUAUGCGGAAAGGUUUUCAAAAAUGCUGAUCACCUCAAAAGACACCGCAACACCCAUGAUGCAGUGAAGCCUUACAAGUGUUUGGAUUGUGGGAAGGAUUUUGCCGAGUUGACAAAUUUGAGGAAACAUUCCAGGAUUCAUACUGGAUUGAAGCCUUACAAAUGUGAUAUCUGCAGCUUGAGUUUUAAUCACAAUGUAAGUCUGAAGACGCACAAGAAGUCAACGCAUGGAAUUGACUGGUGGGCAGAGGAUAGUAUCAUUAAAGAUCUACAAAAACAGUUGGUAGAAAAUAUGAACAAAAAUGAAUAA